UAUUUAUCCAACCAACCCUUCGCGAAGAGUUGCGAGAGCGAAAAAAAUGGGGAGCCAUCUCAUCGCUCACAAAACCGUGCCCUCUCUCGCUCUCUCUCUCUCUCGCGUGCGCGCAUUAAACGAUUGCCAUUUUACAGUGCAAGACGAGCUCUCUCAUUUGAAGUCGCUCGCUCGUGCUCACUUUCCAGCACGGAAAACUGUGAGCUCCACCAUUCGGUUUGGAGCAUUUUCGCAACUCUCGGCUACAGCUCUUCGAGAGAGCAACAAGAAGAGAUACAGUUUUCGGAACACAUGAAAAAAAAAAGAAAUAAAUUCGCGCAAACCGGCCGUGCGCAUGCUUGUCGAUGUUCGAUCGGCGCUGCAGAGACCAGCGACACCAGCACCAGCAAGCACCAGGCGGACACAAGGACACGGCAGGUGUAGUUGGUGUAUCGGGACAGAGCGAGAAGAGCCUGCAGCGUAGUCUUCUUGGAUAUGCAGUCCUCACUACGGAAGAUCGGUCCGGAUGGGAAUUGAGCCCCGUUCCAGUCAAUGACCAAAAAGACGAUUCAGGCAUCGUGUCGCAAAAACAAACUCUAUCUCACACCACACCUGAACGAUGUCCUAUAUUUGCACUACUCAGGAUAUAACGCCAUCGAGGGUUUGGAGGAGUAUGUCGGAUUGAAAUGCCUCUGGCUCGAAUGUAAUGCCAUUUCGGGAAUUUCCGGAUUGGACCAUCAGGCCCAAUUGCGUUGUCUGUAUCUGCACAACAACCUUAUCAAGAAAAUCGAAAACUUGGAAAACUGCAAACAGCUGGACACACUCAACCUUUCCCAUAAUCAUAUCGCAAAGAUAGAGAACUGCGGCAGUGACAUUUUACCGUUGCUGAACACGCUUAACAUCUCGCACAACUAUCUUAAAUCGAUCGAAAGCAUUGCGGAGCUACGAAAAUGUGAUUUUGUGUCUGUGCUGGACAUUUCACACAACCGCAUAGAAGACAUUGCGAUUGUGAAGGUCCUUGGUGAUAUGAAAGGAUUACGAGUGCUUACGAUGGUGGGAAAUCCUGUGGUGAACGAUAUUCCUUCCUAUCGUAAAACUCUUAUUCUGGAAUGUAAAUCUCUGACAUAUUUGGAUUCGAGGCCAGUGUUCGAUAAGGAUCGAGCAUGUGCAGAAGCUUGGAAACGCGGAGGAUAUGAAGAAGAGCGUAAAGAACAUUUGCGUUGGAAGAAGGAAGAACAACGCAAGAUGCGUCGAAGUAUCAACGCAACGCUUCGUCUACGUCACCGAGGAGAUGGAGAGCCGGAAUUGCUCAAAACAAGCAGCGAUGAGGAGGAAGAACGUGAGAAAACUACUUCUUUCACAGUGAAAGAUGAACUUCAAGAGGUGGAGUACCAAACGAAUGAAGUUGCCUGGAAGGAGAUGGAGGACCUGUUUAACCAGCACACGAAGGCCCUUAAGCCACCCGCUCCAGAUUACUUCACCGAGCAAUCCAGACAAAUGUGUCAAGCUAUUGAAAGUACUUCUGGAAGAGUAAAUAUUGACCGCUGUAAGCAGGACGCCGUACAAAAAGCACUCAUUGAAGAGAUAACUACGGAAGAGUAUACCGAUAUAACUGCAACGAAGAAUGACACUGAAGAUGGCGGAAGUGAAUUGAAAGACCACUCUGAAGCUUUAGAACAUGGAACAGAUAUUGAUGAUUCUUCCAGGAAGAUGAACCAAUGUGUUGAGGAAGACAACAUGGAGAUACUGAAUGAUUUUGAAAAUGAGCCAGAUUUCGUUGAUGAUGCGAGUGAUGAUGUGAAAGGAUCAACUUUUGGGGAUUCCGGAAUAGAACCAGAUAAAAGUCAAUCCGAAGAGUCCACGAAGAUCGCCGACAAAGCUGAGGCCAAAAUUGCAUCAGCUGAGCAGGAUGAUACGCUGAACGUGAUCAUUCAAUCGAAGGAGAUCUCGAUAACGAUGCAACCGUCUCGUCCAAUUGAUCCUCAGGAUGAUGUCCUGCCGCCGGGUGGUAAGCGUAAACCCUCAACCACUUCAAUAGACUCGAUCAUAAGUUCUGAAACUACAACUCAUGACAGUAAGAAGGACGAGGUUCGUAAAGCUUCCACCACCUCCGUGGACUACAUUACAGGUUCCGAUACCAAUUCCGACCCGACACUCGUAACGGACUGUGACAGCUGCGUACGCAACAGUCAUGACAGUAGCCGUGGUUGCUCUUCGGACACUUCCGACAGUGAGGAUAUGUUCGACAAGAUUGUACCGAAGAAACAUCGCAAGCUUGCCUGUGCCAUUCGGUCGGAGAUAUCGCUCAGCAGCAGUGACAGUAGCAGUGAGCUAGAUGAACCAGGUGGCAGCAUGCUGGACAGUAAGCUCGAUCGUCAGAACACGAUCACGGAGUUUAUCGAUGAGUACAAACGAUUCUUCCACUCGGUGGACUUGCGCGAUCCUAAGUGUGUGCUGAAGAAUCGCCAUAAAAUUGUGCGUCCGCAAACUGCAAAGUCACAGCGCACGGAACCUAUCGUGUAUGAGGGCGUUCUGAAGACGAUGGAACAAAACUCUAACCAGGCAAAGAUUGAGCAAGUACGCCAAGAGCGCGAAACGGAUGAUCGCAGCUUGGCAAAGGAAGCGGUUCUGGAACGUUUGAUGAAAGGUCACGAUGCGGUGGAUAUGAAUCUCGAGCAUCAGAUGAUAUCGAUCGGUGGUAAGGCGCACAACUUCAAGGAAUACCGCCUGGAGGUGUUCCGACAGGAUCAGGAAAAGCUCCAAAACCUUAUCGAUCGUGUGACGGCACAGAAGGAUAAGUAUAAUGCGCACAUCGAUAGCAUACAUGAUCAGCUUGCAAACAUUAUGGACGAAUAUGGGCAGAUCAGUGUGAAGUUGCGCAAAGUUAACGAUAUGAUACAGAACAUUGGUGAGGAGGUAGGGCAGGAGGAGCGUGGAGAGACUUCGAAUUUUGUUGUCGGAGAUGCUCCAACAACAAGCAUUGCUGAGCAAAUAGUUGAGAACAUGACCAAAGAGCAGAUACCGGAUGUGAUUGAGGCAAACAUUAAAGUCCCUGAAGAAAUAUUGGAGGAGAUUGAUGAGCAGCUAUCUUCCGAUGAAUCCGAUUUGUUUGACGCUAAGGAUCAUGCAGCAGCACGAAUUGAAGUUGGUUUAAUGGAUCCAAUCAACCCAUCCGCACGUAAACCCAUCCCGCAAGAGUUUGGCUCCGAUCCGGUGUAUCGCAAGUUUAUCGACAUCCAGUACGAAAUUGACAAACUGACGGAGGAUCAGAUAUUUGACGCCCUCAACGAAGCUGCCCGAGAGCUGCAGGAGGAAGAGGAACUCGAGGCAAAGUUGCUUCACGAUGCUGUGGACGAAUACUGGAACCCAACUACCGAUCUCGAUGAUUUCCGGCGCAACCUUAAUCUGGAUGCACAUCCGAUCAUACAGCGCUUUAAGCGUUUCAUCGAAUGUCAAGGUACCGAUACGGACGAUACCGAUUCGGAGGCACACGUCCGGCGGCUCGAGAGUGCAUACCACAAAUACGAACGUCGGCUGUCGAACCAUCUGUUUGAUGAGUAUUUGAUUUUGAGUCGUAAGGCUAGCAUAGCGACUACGACGGGCGGUGAAUCGAGUGCAACGGAGUUGGAGUUGAUCGAAAUUGAGGGUGGCCAUGUGUUGCGGGCAUCCACUAGCAGACGCACAACGGCGUGGGAUUUGAAGGAAACGAUGAAGGAACCGGUGGCGGAGGUUGAGGAGGAAGCGAACGAUGAGAUGCUUGAUAAAGGUUGUGAGGACCAGAAGCUGGAAGAGUUGGAAGAUGAAGAAUCUAAGCCGGAAGAGGACACACCUAGCAAGAAUUUGGAUAUUAAGGAUAUCCCAGAGAUAUCUGAUGAGGGUUAUGAGAAUCCGAAACAUGAAGCGUUAGAUGAUGAAAAACCAGAAGAGCAGAAUGCAGAAUUUGAUACGAAUAUGACCAUGAUAGAGAGUUCUAAGAUUCCUGAUAAAGACUAUGAGGAACCCAAAUUGGAAGAGUUCAAAGAGGGCGAUUCUAAACCAGAAGAGAAGUAUGAACCUUGGGUGAAUGAGGUCAUCAAGGACUCAUCUGCGGAUAUUGUGGAGCAUCAAUAGAGUUGACAGUUGUUAGGAGGAGUCUCUCUCUCUCUCUCUUUAGCAGCACAAAUUAUGUACGUAGAGAACGUGUUGUUAUCAUCACCAAGAUGGAAGAUUAAUAAAGCAAACGCACACUCGG